AGGCUACGAGCGAGGAGAUGACUACACUCGUGCGCGCGUGGAAACAAUUUUCGCGAACGUGACGGCGUAGAACGGGUUUAGGCCUCCGUCGGGAAUGCAACGUGACGUGCUGUGCGCGAUUUGUGAUUUUUGGCCGGGACGUCUAGUUUGUUUUGUAGAAACGACGAGCGUAAAUGUCGGCCGCAACUGCAGCUCACGUGGCUCGUGAAUAAAUGCCGGGACUGUUCCGUAUCGAUGAUCUUUGCAUUUAUAUGGAUAAACAUAUUUUACAUUCAUUGGCAUUGAGAGGAAAGUAAUCAGUUAUCGAGAAUUAUUUUAUUGCUAUCGGAAUUACAGCCAGUGUAUCUGCCAAAUUGUUUUCUCGCGUGAGUCGCGAACGUUAUGUAUUGUGUACGUAAAAUGUGUGCCACUCGAAAUAUCAUAAAAUUAAAGUAUCAUAAUUUAAUUUGACACUGUCGAUGCACUCGACACGAUUGGUCGACACGAAGGUAAACAGCGGAGGAAUCUCAUUGUGAGAAACUAUUAGAAAAAAUAUUGACGCUAGACCGAAAUCCGCCAACAGCCAUCGGUCGUCAGUCGGGAUUUCAACCAGGGAUCUUCGCGAAAACGUCAAUACCGUCCAGAGAAGACGUCGUAAUUGCAUCUCACUGGAUAAAUCAUCGUCGUCGCGUGACAAUUUCAGCUGACGACCCAGAAUACUUAUUAUUCUGCGAGCGAAUUAAAGCAGAAAUACAGGCAGAGCGAAAAGGGAUACUCGAGAGCUGCCGAUUCGGCCGCGAAGUCCCAGACAGUAAUCUGCUCACUUGACGGAGUCAAGGCGUGUCUUUGCCGAUUGUGUUAUCCCUUGAUACCGAUCCGAUAAAGGAAACGGAAUGAUCUCGGGUGCGAUUGCGAACGUCACCGGGAUCCUUCAAGGCGCGGGGGAUUCCUGGAGGCCCCCGAAAGGUGACAGCCUGCAGGAACUUGGUUCCACGGCCGUUGGCGUGAAUCCGCAGUACGAGAACUACUCGAGCCCGAUCUUCCUCAGGGACGAGAGCGCGUUGGACCGCCGGGACUCCCUGUACAUCGUCCUGCCGAUCACGGUGAUCUACGUCGUCAUCUUCUUCACGGGCCUGAUCGGCAACAUCUCCACGUGCGUGGUGAUCGCGCGCAACAAGUCCAUGCACACCGCCACCAAUUACUACCUCUUCAGCCUCGCGGUGUCCGAUCUGCUGCUACUCGUGUUCGGUCUGCCGCCGGAGAUGUAUUACAUAUGGUCGCACUUCCCGUACAUAUUCGGCGAGGCGUUCUGCGUUAUCCAGAGCUUCGCCUCGGAGACCUCGGCGAACGCUACCGUUCUCACCAUCACGGCCUUCACCAUCGAGAGGUACGUGGCGAUCUGCCACCCCUUCAUCUCGCACACAAUGUCGAAGCUGUCCAGAGCGGUAAAGUUCGUGGUGGCGAUCUGGCUGCUGGCCCUCUGCCUCGCCGUGCCGCAGGCCAUUCAGUUCGGCAUCAUCGUCGAUUACGCCGAUAAUGGCACCGCCAACCUGGAUAGCGCCAGAUGCUCGCUGCGGUGGGCGCUAAUCGAGCACGCCUUCGAGAUCUCGACCAUCCUGUUCUUUGUGCUGCCGAUGACGAUCAUCACCGUGCUGUACGUCUUGAUCGCCAUCAAGCUGCGACGCUCGAGCCUGCUGACCACCACCGUCAGUAAAAGACACCACGUUCCCGGCGUGUUGAAUCACGUGGACAGCAGCAGAGGAAAGACGAACGCUCAGAGGAACGUUAUUCGCAUGCUCGUCGCAGUGGUGGUGGCCUUUUUUAUCUGCUGGGCGCCGUUCCACGCUCAGAGGCUGUUGGCCGUGUACGCUCAAAGCAGCUCGUCUGAGCCAGAAGGCACCAUGGUCACAAUUUAUACCACGCUCACGUACGUGUCGGGAGUGUUCUAUUAUUUAUCCACCACGGUGAAUCCGCUCCUCUACAAUAUCAUGUCAAACAAGUUCAGGGAGGCGUUCAAGUCGAUGUUGCCCAAGUAUUGCAUCAGGAAGUUUUCGUCUCACAAGAGCAAUCGCCGAAAGCCGACUUACAGCAGCCUGUCGCGGUAUCAGAGGUCGACGAGGCAUCGAUUCGACGCCCAGCACUCGCCCUCGAUAUCCGUCAGCGACGAACAGCAGCGAUUAGCGCAUAUCGCACUGGCGAACGCAAAUUCCUGCGAGUCGAACGGACUCGCGAGAUCGCAGAAGGAGCGAGAAGGGCGACCUAACAUCGCGGCUGCGAUCAGAGAAACCGUAGGCUGCCGAGAUUAUACCAGAAGAGUGUCCAGGGAUUCGGCCAGCAGCCAACUUACCACGAUGACAUCGUUAAGCAAGCAGGGCAACGAGGGCAACAACAACGCGAACGAAUGCCUACUGAGGAUCCACAGAUCGCCAAAGGCUGUCACUUUAGCAGGAAUCCUCACGGAAAGAUUGGGCCUCGGCACAAAAGGAUUUUUCGCGCAGCAUCGAAAGAAUUCGCCGACCAGCCCGGCGAAAUCGAAAUCGGGAAAUGUGAUUGCGGUGCCACCGCGAUUUCAGAGUCACCCGAGCAUCGAGAGCGCCAACACGAUUAGCAACUCCAGCCUUCAGGACCUCGACGAGACCGAGUUCACCGGAUCGGAACUGGCGCGUUACAUGGGCGAGCUAAACUUCGAACUCGUCACCUGACGUCCGUUCGUCGCGGGAGAACGCCGUCUCUCGAAUUAGAUCCCGAGAACAGAUCAGAAUUACUUUGAUUGUGGAAAUCGCAGGUUUGUAGAAACUUCUAACUCAAGAGUUUUCCCGAAGACCACAAUCGAAGCCAAGGAUUUAGUGUACUGAACGAUGUACACCAAGAUGAAUUCACGUGGAGCGUUUGUCGAAAGAGUUUCACGAACGGUCGCGCUUGAAGAAGCGAGAAGAAGUAAUUCAAUCAUUUCGAUCGCACAAAAAGAUGCAAAAUAUAUGGAAAUUAACGAUAAUGCUAAUGAACGAUAUUAAAAUCGUCGCUCGCGGCUUGUGAACGCCUAUGUGUGUUGCCUCACGCAAAGAGCCAAGCCGGAAAUUAUGAUAUAAAGCCCGCGUGGAUGUCUGUUAUCUAAAGUACGUAUGUAUGUGAAGAUUAUAUUUCCCUAUCCACAUAGCACGGCUGUUAAUAAUGCUAGUCUUCUCUGCUGCGAACGGUGAGAAUUUGCAGACGCAGUCUCAACGUUCCUGAGAAUGAACAGUGAACAUUAUACCGAUGAUCAUUAUUAUGCUAUUCUCGUUAAUAAGAUAUGACGUUAUGCGUGAUCAAGGCGAAUGUUCUGUCGAGACCGGCAUGUCCAACCAGCUUCUCGUUUCCUUUCGUGGAUAACUGUAUUUUUGUGAUAAAACCAGAUCGCACAAGAUUUUAACAUCUAUCAAAGACUUGUACAAAACAUAAAGUCUGCGUAAUUAAUCUAUUUUUGUUAUCUCAUGCGACGUUGGAAAUGCAUGAACCUGCAUAAAAUUAUUUCGACGUCAUCAAUAAAAAGUAUAUGAUUGCAAACCAUAAUUUCUUCAGUAGGAAAACAAUUUAUACAAUAAUCUUCUUCCUAAGAAGUUUGCCUAUUUAUCGAUUAGAGUAGAAAAUACUUAGAGUAGGAACAAUCUUAAAUAGAAUAUUACUCGAAUAGGAUUGCAAUAUAUUUUCCAAGGCAUACAUUAGUGAAAUUGCAUUGAGAAAUGUCUGUAAAAAUAUCUGAAAGAUUAUUACGAUACUUAUUAUUGAUACCGUCGAUGUACUUAUUGUGUACAUAUACGUAACUGGGAAUUUCAUUAUUUAUUUUUAUAUCUACAUAUAUUAGUAUGAUAAUAGUCAAUGUUUCUAGCUUUAUUUUACAGAUAAUAAAUACCCGAUCCGUUUGCAUAAACAACAACUGUACAAUUUAUGUAUAUGCAUAUAAUUUGUUAAAUAAAAAUGUAACAACCGUC